AUAAAUAAUUGUGUUAAUUCAAGGUUAAUGCAACAGUCAAUUGAAACACCACAAAUGUUAAAUUGACUCUCCAGUCUAUGAGGUAUAGAGGCAGAAUCACGAGAAAGAAUUUUCAAAAUUGCCAUCUCCAGCUGCUAACAAAACAGUUGCUUAUUGUAAAAUGCACGAGAAUAUUAGACCAUCAACUGAAGGGUUGAACAUGGGAACAAAUUAUUCGCAUUCGACUCAUCAUUCAAAACCAAUAGUUGAAGAAAGUGGUGGACAAGCGAUCACUCAGUUCGAUGUGUUGAGUGGUGAGACUGCUAUUUUAAUACAAGAGGAAGACAAUGGUAGUAGUACUGUCAAUGAUUGUCAUUCGAAUCGUUUGAGCAGCAAUUACGGUUUGCUAUCUUCCCUAAAUUAUGUAAAGAUUUUCCUUACGAAAAUCUUCUGGGCUAUUGUAUCAUUUUUAUUAGCGCCAUACUUUUUGAUUGAGUCAAAACUACCGUGGUGUUCUGUUAAACAGGUUGCCGGCGUAGUAGAUCCUCACAAAUUGCUGACGUGUAAUCACUUGCCAAAUGUGAAAGAUGCUCUACUCCUGAUGUUGAAACUUGAAAAUUGCAAUCUGUGUCCAGCAAAAGUGAUGCAAAAAAUCGGGUUGUAUUACUAUAUUACAAAACUGGAGGAGGCAGUGUUAUCAAAAUUGGCCAUACUAUUGGCAAAACUAGCGUUGGGAAAGAAAAUAACUGAGGAAUUAAUCUCUAAAGUAAUGAAUGAUACCAAGGAUGAACUGCAAAAACCUGAUAGUUUGCUGCAAUGUGGUGAAGAACUUUCUGUAUUAAAAAAAGAGAACCUUUUAAAUACAAUAUUCCCUAAACCAACUUUGGAUGGACGGCUAUCGUUGGAAUAUGCAAAAAUUGCUUUUGAAAGUUGUAGGUGUAAAGCAGGAAUUUUACUUUAUCGCAUUGAUGAAAAGACUUAUUGUGCGAAUCUAAUAAGGGAUGAAAAUGGUAACGUGAAAAUUCACGACGCAACAAACGGUGGAGAUGAGCUUGUACAGUAUGAAAAUAUUCGUGAGGUGCAGGUUGUUGUUUUGGCUAAAGAAGCCGGUAAAGCUGUCAUCGUUGAAAAAUGGGCAGACUGCUCCUUGAUUUUUUGCAAAAAAGAACUUGAUGACAGUCAUGCAAAUAAUAGGAUGCGUGUUAAUAAGAAUAAAGACACAAAUGGAGAAGAAGCAAGACCUGCAAAGACACCGUUAGACAUGUCUGAAUGUUGUGAGCACUCAGUUUGUGCGACAAAUAUGACAAACAAGUAUUUGCAGUUGACCGAGAGCUUAAAACCAGUGGCUGUUGAUAGUGAAGGAAGCACAAUCUCUCAGUCCUGGAACCGCAAUCGUACUCCAAACACAUUUAAUGAAGGAGCGGACAGCCAAGUCGAUGAUUUGAGUGCAGGCAAAGAUUAUGCGGAUGGUGAGACUGUUGUUUCAAUACAUGAACUUGCAAAUUUUUGUCACGAAGACCUAAUUCCAAAUGACGAAUCCAAAAGGAAAUAUUUGUGGUCGACUGGUAAAGUCAAUAAUUGUCAUUUGAUUAGCAAUCACCUCUUUCCAUUACUCCCGGAUUAUGCAAAACGUUUCUCAGAGAGCACUAUGUUGUUUUUACAAUGGUUAUGGACUUUGAUUAUGUCAAAUCUACCAGGGCGCUGUAGUUGCAAGAACAUCUUCUGGUCUAUUAUAUCUAUUAUAUCUACGCUAUGCUUUUCAAUUAUGUCAAAACUACAAUGGUGUUCUGUUAAACAGAGCGUUUUGUCGUUUUUAAAAUGGUUAUGGACUUUGAUUAUGGCAAAAAUACCAGGGCACUGUGGUUGCAAGGUUUUACGCGUAGAUCCUGAAAAAGUACUUACGUGUAAGAUCUCAUCAUGUGGAAUAAAUGCGAUACUCGUGGCGCUAAAAGAUGAAAAUACAGGUUUAUGCCCGGCAAGGGUGUCCCAGAAAAUUAUUCAUUAUUUGUUCGACAUGCGAUUGGUGGAGAUAACAUGGAAAAAAUUGAACUCUGGAUGGAAGCAGACAGAGGAUUUGCUCUCUAAAGUAACAAGUGAACUGGCAGAUGUGUUGAAAAAAGAAGUUGUUUUAUUGUCAUGUACUAAGGUGCUUUCUUUGCUAGAAAAGGAAAAAUGUUUAGAUGUAAUAUACCCAAAACCGGAAAUGGAUGAACAAAUUUCGCUUGAAAAUGCAGAAAAAGCUUUUAAACUUUCUGGGCGCAAAGUAGGCAUUUUACUUUAUCAAACUGACGAAAUCUGUCAUUGUGAAAAUCUUAUCAGGGAUAAAAAUGGUGACGUGAAAAUUUACGACGCGACUACCGGAAGAGAUGACUUGAUACAGUUUGAAAAUGUUCGUGAGAUGCAGGUCGUUGUUUUGGCCAAAGAAGAUGAUAAAUUUGUCAUCGCUGAAAAAUGGUCCGAUUGCUCUUCGAUAUUUUGCAUAAAAGAACAUACUGACGUUUAUGACAAAAAUAUAAUUGGUGAUAAAAAUCUGAAAGAAACAAGUGAAGAAGAAACAAGGCCAAAGACACCAUCAGAAAUGAGCGAGUAUAGUGAAUCCUCUGCUCAAGAGUCAUGUGGGGGAAACACCGCUUUGCCAGUGGAAAACUUUUUCAAGUGGAAUUCAGUCAUACCACGUGGUUGUUAUUCAUCGAGCACACCUCCUUGUAACCAAAUAUUGUUUGAUGACCCUCAACAAUUUGGAAUGCAUGGUAAGCUUGGUAAUAAUCAAGCCCCUCGAGGACAAUCCAAUCUUCUAUCUCCUCUUCAUGGACUACUGAACUCUGACCAACCACCUUCGACUGCUCAAAUCACUCCAUCUUCAAGAUGGCAAGGACAACCAAUCCCAUGGCAAUUACAUGGAUAUACACCUCAACCUCCACCUUCCGUUUUUAAUUUUCAAGAUGCACCACUUACAAGGAACCAAACAAUGGUGCAAGCGUAUUGACAGUACCACUCCUGUUGCGUAGUUCCGACCCAUUAGGUUUUUAAUUUGUUUCCACCUUUUACUUGUGUUGUUCUGAGGAAUGCUGCAAUUUCAUGAGUAUAAUAAUACGAUUUUGCUGUUUUAAUUCUCUCUUUGGUUUUAUUCCUUCAUUAUAGAUGAUUCCUUGCCUUGUCAUAGGAAUGGCAUUUGUCGUUUAUAACUCAUAUCUCAUUUUAUUUUUCAUCUAUGGGCUGUAAAUUGUUACAGUCUUCUUUGAUAGAUUAGGGUCAAAAGCUUGCAUAAACUCUGUGCGAAUUCAUUCACAAACAGGCUGACCGAUUUAACCGAUCUUUAUUGAUAUAUGACAUUGAUAGAUUUAAAUCAUUAUAUUAACAUUACUUCGCAGCCCAAAGGCUGAAUUACAUUAUUUUUUAAGAAACAUUUUAGUCUUUAGUACCUUAAAUUCUAAUUCUACCUCUUCUCUGGUUUUCGACUUUGCAAAAUAAAUCAUUUGAAAUUUUGUUA